AGCAGAAUAUAAAAAAUAUUUCAAAGUUUCAUAUAAAAAAAAUUUUAAAUAUGUUUGGAUUAAGUGUUUGUUGUUGUGGACGAAAAAGAGCGGAUAAGUUUUUGUUGACACUCGAUAAAUUACGUAAUUACGUCGCCAGAGCAACAACGACAGCUGACUUCACGGAAGAAAAUAUGAGAAUUUGUGUACGGCGUCAUUUCAGCAAUAAAAGCAAAUAUUGUUUCCAAAAAAGUGUUCAAUCCCAUUCAUCAGAAUACAUAAUAAUGAGCCAAUCCGCAGAAUUUGCGAUAAUGGAUUAUGAUAUCAUAGGAUUUGAUUUGGAUGGUACACUUUUGAGGUAUAAUCUCAAUCAUAUGGUGGCUUUGGAAUAUAAUAUAUUGACUAAUUAUUUGGUAAAAGUUAAGGGUUAUCCAAAGUGCCUUUUGGAAAAGCCAUUCAAUGCUAAUUUCUUGCAAAAAGGUCUAAUAAUUGACGCGGAACGAGGAAAUUUGUUGAAAUUAGGAGCUGAUGGUACUAUCUUGCGGGCAACGCACGGUACCAAGUUGCUAAGCACUGAAGACGUGAGCAAAAUCUACGGCGAAUCCUGCCAAUGGACAUUGGCUCAAGAGUUUAUUCGGGAUCCAUUGUCGACUUGGAAUGGUCCUGCAGCUGAAAAAUUGAGAACAUUAUUAGAUUACUUUGACUUGGCUGCGGCGCUGGUGUUCGCUCAAGCUGUAGAUAUUUUCGAUGAAAAAAGCGAAGCAAUGAAUUGUAAAAUUUGGCCUGAUAUCUUGUCUGGUCUGAUAUACAUGUAUACCAGAGAACAUUUCGCAAAUGGGCAGAGCGAAUACUUUGAAAAUUUAAAAGCUCGACCUCAAUUAUAUUUAAUGCGUACGAAUGAAAAUGUUAUUAAAUGGAUUAAAGAACUUCGUGAAGCUGGUAAAGCCAUUUAUUUAUUAACAGGUUCGAAUAUUGAUUUCGCCAACUUUACGGCCAGUUAUGCUUUGGGGCCUGAUUGGCGUGAUUUAUUCGAUUGUAUUUUAUGUUUUGCCAAGAAACCGGGUUUCUUUGGCAUGAAGAGGCCAUUCUUAAGAGUGGCUGAUCUCGCCGAAGUAUCCAAAAGUGAAAUUCCUUUAAACGAUUGCCUGCAAUUAGGCGAAAUAUACUCACAGGGAAAUUUCCAACAAUUACUUAACACUUUCAACAAACUUCUAUUUCGUAAACCCGUCAAUGAAAUACGUUCGCUUUACCUAGGCGACAAUCUAAUUCAAGAUGUCUAUGCUCCCGCCAGCUGUUGCAACAUAGCUACGAUAGCGUUAAGUGAAGAACUACUUUGUCGUGAAAGCAAUUAUGAAUUUAAGCCAAUUGUUCAGUCAGAAUUUUGGGGUCCAUAUUUUUCACUUGACGGUUCACCUACGCUAUGGUAUCGUAUUAUUGAAAAUUGCUCACAAUUGUGUGUACCAAAUUUAGACUCCUUAGCCAAAAUUCCUAUUACUAAAAAAAUACUUUUUAAAGCUGGCACUCGUUUUUUAUCGAAUCUACCAGAUACCUUAACGGUAUAAAGCAACCAAGUCAUUAAAAAAUUAAACAUUGGUUGGCUAGAAUAGGUGUGUAUGUGCAUAUGUACGUGUACAAGCACCAAUAUGUAAAUGUAAUGUAUAGGUGGGUAUAAUUCAUUCACAAGUUGUAAAGGUUUAACGCACAUAUAUGCAAUAUAUUUGGUAUUUUAGUAAAACCACUUUUUUUUUUUAUAUGAUCAUAUUUGAUGUAAUUAUACAGGAUUUUUUGCUUUUGCCCGCAAAAAUUAAACAUACCUAU